AUGACAGAUGAUCAGGAAGCCAAAGAAGGGAACUCAUCCCAGCCCAUUAGCUUCAUCACCAAUAGUCAAGCAAUGAUAACUUCUGAAUCCAAGAACUUAUGGUGGUGGAUUAGAGUGGCUCUCUACUCGUUCUUUGUGCUCUCUGGCCAAGCGGUGGCCACACUCCUUGGGAAUCUCUACUACAAAGAAGGAGGCCACAGCAUGUGGCUCGCCUCACUUGUCCAGCUUGGGGGCUUCCCAAUCCUCCUCCUUCUCUACUUCAUCCCCACGCCCAAACAACCAAAUGACCCUAAUAACCCAUACAUCCAAAUAGAUGCACAAGCUCAAGCUCAAUCUCAAUCACAAUCACCCUCUCUCAAGAGCCUUGCCCUUGUGUAUCUCUUUCUAGGCGCAAUGGGGGCCCUAAAUGGCUUUUUAUACUCAGUUGGCCUCUUGCACCUCCCUGUCUCCACCUACUCCCUCAUUUGCUCCUCCCAAUUGGCCUUCAAUGCCCUCUUCUCCUUCUUCCUAAAUGGCCAAAAGUUCACCCCCUACAUCAUUAACUCCCUAGUCCUCCUCACUUUGUCCUCAAUCCUCCUUGCGUUCCAAUCAGAUUCAGAAGACCACAACAAGGUUUCUGCAGGGAAAUAUGCACUGGGGUUUGUGUGCACCAUUUUAGCAUCAGCUAGUUAUGGGCUUCUUUUAUCCUUAGACCAAUUUUGCUUUAGGAGGGUCAUAAGGAAAGAGACGCUUAGGGCAGUUUUGAGCUUGAUUGUGCACCCAUCAAUAGUGGCUAGUGUGAUUAUUGUGGUGGGGUUGUUUGGGAGUGGUGAGUGGGAAAAUCUGGGGAGAGAGAUGGACGGGUAUAAGCUUGGCAAGGUGAGCUAUGUGAUGAACUUGGUCGGGACGGCCAUUUCUUGGCAAGCGUUCACCAUCGGCACGAUUGGGUUGAUAAUAGAAGCGUCAUCUUUGUUCUCGAACUCGAUUAGUGUGGUGGGCUUACCGAUUGUGCCCAUUUUUUCAGUCGUGCUCUUGGGGGACAAGAUGGAUGGGGUCAAGGUGAUGGCUAUGAUCUUGGCCAUUUGGGGGUUCGUUUCUUAUGCCUACCAGUACUAUUUGGAUGAUAACAAGUUGAAGGCUCAAAGGACGAGUGUUGGUGGGGAUGAACUUGGUGUGAGAUGGGCACUAAAUGCUGAAUCGCAAGCGUUAAUGGAUAUUUAUAGAUGGUGGAGCGUUUUAGUUUGUGUCUUUACAUGUAGCGAGAUGUAA